AUGAUCGCGGCCGCAGAGAUAGAAACCCUGCUCAAGGACGACACUAAGGUGCGCGUCGCAGGCAUUGACGCAGAUGGCAUUCUUCGCGGCAAGGUUAUGGCCAAGGAGAAGUUCCUGGCCAGCGCCAAGAGCGGGUUUGGCAUGAGCUCAGCCAUCUUUGGGUGGGAUAUGCACGAUGCUCUUUACACUACAGAGACCGCGAUCACGAGUCCAGAGGAUGGCUAUGCAGAUUUCAUUGCUCAUCCGGACCUGAACUCUUUCAGAAGACUUCCUUUUGAGGACAACAUUCCUUUCUUUCUACUCAACUUCUCUGUUGACGAGAAGCCGGUCCAUGCCUGCGCUCGAAGCUCGAUGAGAUCUUUGACCAGGCAGCUUAGAGAUGGAGGUUUUAGGGCAUUGGCUGGAGUCGAGCUCGAGUUCAUGAACUUCCAAACACCUUCGCAAGACGGCUAUCAAUCAAGCGAUUUGCGGCGAGAUCUAGCCACAUACCUCGAAACUAACCCCCCGUCAUCUGUUCGGCCAAUCUCAGGUGGCAUGUUUGGCUACAGUUGCACCAGGCCAGUUGCAUCGAAAAGGUACUUUCACGACAUCUAUGACCAGGCAAUCAAGACGAACUGCGGUCUUGAAGGAUGGCAUACCGAGAGCGGACCAGGAGUAUUUGAAGCAGCGCUCACAGUGAGCCCAAUAGAUGAAAUGGCAGACAAGGUUUCCGUAUUCAAGUUUCUCACGAGAUCAGUCGGCAUGGAGCACGGCAUCACACCCUGCUUCCUCGCCAAGCCGAUGCAAGGGCUUCCCGGAAACUCAGGCCAUAUCCAUGUGUCUCUUACCGACCUUGAUGGCACCAAUGCUUUUGCACGCCCUGGAACCCCAGACACAAACGCGCCGUGGCCGGAUGUGGCGCAGGUAUCUGACGCUGGUCAACACUUCCUGGCGGGCGUUUUGACCGCGCUUCCUGAUAUCAUGCCGAUGCUCGCGCCGAACGUCAACUCUUACAAGCGGUUGAUAGAGAAUUACUGGGCGCCCGUAGACAUUAGCUGGGGGCUGGAAGACCGUCUGUCGAGCGUGCGUCUGAUCGCACCACCUGUGUGCAAGCCCUCGGCCACGCGCUUCGAGAUCCGUAUCCCGGGCGCAGACCUACACCCUCAUUACGCCCUAAUCGCGCUCGUUGCCGCGGGCCUGUGGGGAAUCCAGCAGAGAUUGUCGAUUCCGGUGCCGCCGUCCAAGUCCCGGCCGAAGAGCGACAAGCCCGAGCUUCUGCCCAACACUCUUGACCGCGCCGUUGAUAGGUUCAGGGCGUCGGGCAGUGUUGCACGCAAGAUUCUUGGCGAUGAUUUUGUUGACUUCUUUGCACUUACGAGGGAGCAUGAACUGAGAGUCUGGAGGGAGGCUGUCACAGAUUGGGAGUUCAAACGGUACAUUGAGACAGCGUGA